AUGGCCAUGACAGAUCUAGUGGCUUCGAGGGCUGCAUACCUCCAUGAAGCUGCACACAUGCUCGCAGUAUCAUCCCCUGCAGCUUCUGCCUUUCUUGGCUUAGCUAGGAAUCGACUCAUCGAGGACACCGAAUUAGAGGUACCCGCGAAAGAAUGGGAUGCACUUCGAAGAGAGACUUGCGCGUUGCAGCCUCAACUACGGAGGCAUAUGAAAAGAUCAGAAUCCAACGUGGCUAAGCAGUUGCCCAUCAUUUCGAAGUCGUCGAACGAAGAGGCUCCCAAGGUUCCCAAAACAGCCAACGCGAGCAGCAAACAGAGACAGAAAUCUCGUAAAGGUGGCCUGCAAGCCAUGCUCGAGAAGAACAAGACGCAGAAUUCAAAACCAGGCCUGGACUUGAUGGAUUUCAUGAUGUGA